UAUGACUUGGGGAAGGUGGGGCAAGAAAGGGAGGAUGCAAAGAGAGAAAUUACAUGACCAUUUUGGCAUUAUUCAUCUUACACAGGACGUUAGCAGCUGCAACAUUUUCCACAGCCCAGCUCUGGAGCAGGAACUAGAAGCUAAAAAAAAAAACCAGUAACAGAGAUGGAGAAAGAAAAAGAGAGAGAAUCUUUCUCUCUCCCUUCAAUGGAGAACAUGGACAACCAGGGAUUGACGAAUAGGGGGGAAGAACCAGACAUUCUGGAAAUAACAAGGAAUGAAGAUAUAGGAAAUAACUUGGAGAAAAAGUCAGAGCUUUCCAUUUUUGAAAGGGGGAGUAAGCAGCCUUUCUCCAAGGCAAGACAUUUCUACAAAAUUCAUGCUCAAUUGUUCCGGAGAAUACUAUUGGGCCUCCUGAUUACAGCCUAUGGUGCCUAUGUUCUGGUGGCCUGUAUACUGAAUUUCCAAAGAGCUCUGGCUUUGUUUGUCUUCACCUGUUUGGUCCUCUUCUUCUUGGCUUACCGUUUCAUUAAAAGGCAUUAUGGGGAGAAACUGAUGAGAUGCGUGGAAUCCUCUGAGAAUCCUCGGUUAUGGCUUUGGCUCAAAUGGGGUCUAAUGGCAGUUGCCUUGGUUGGCCUCAUACUGUGGCUAGUUCUAGACACUGCCCAAAGGCCAAAGCAGCUCAUUUCUUUUGCUGGAAUCUGUAUGUUCGUUAUCAUCCUCUUUGCCUUCUCCAAACACCAUCAUGCUGUGUCCUGGAGGGCUGUAUUUUGGGGUCUUAUGCUGGAAUUCGUUCUUGGUCUCUUGGUCAUUCGAACUGAUCCUGGAUUUGCUGCAUUUCAAUGGCUUGGUAAACAGAUUCAGAUUUUCCUUGGUUAUACAGAGGCUGGCUCCAGUUUUGUCUUUGGGAAUACUCUCAUCAAGGAUGUUUUUGCAUUUCAGGCCUUACCAAUAAUCGUCUUCUUCAGUUGUGUGAUGUCCAUACUCUACUAUCUGGGACUCAUGCAGUGGGUGAUUGUGAAGGUUGCUUGGCUUUUACAAGUUACCCUGGGCACCACUGCCACAGAGACCUUAAGUGUAGCAGGAAACAUCUUUGUGGGUAUGACGGAGGCACCUCUGCUGAUUCGGCCAUACUUACCAGACAUGACAUCCUCAGAAGUCCACACCGUUAUGACUGGAGGUUUUGCUACCAUUUCAGGCACUGUGUUGGGAGCCUACAUCUCUUUUGGGAUUGAUCCUGCGUCCUUAGUUUCUGCCUCUGUGAUGGCUGCUCCUUGUGCUCUUGCCCUGUCUAAACUGGUUUACCCAGAAGUGGAAGAAUCCAAGUUCAAGAAUAAGGAAGGUGUAAAAUUGUCCCGUGGCACUGAGAAAAAUAUUCUAGAAGCAGCCAGCAGUGGUGCUGCAGACUCUAUAGGACUCAUCGCUAACAUUGCUGCCAACCUCAUCGCCUUCUUGGCUGUGUUGGCCUUUAUCAAUGCUGCCCUUUCCUGGCUGGGGGAGAUGGUGGACAUAGAAGGACUCACCUUUCAGGUCAUUGCUUCCUACAUCCUACGGCCCAUUGCUUUCAUGAUGGGUGUGGACUGGGAAGACUGUCCAAUGGUGGCCGAGAUGUUGGGUAUCAAGUUCUUCUUGAACGAGUUUGUGGCCUAUGAACAGUUGUCUAAAUACAAGAACAAACGUCUCUCUGGAAUUGAGGAGUGGGUCAAUGGGGAGAAACAGUGGAUUUCUGUAAGAGCAGAAAUCAUCACAACUUUUUCACUGUGUGGAUUUGCCAAUCUCAGUUCGAUGGGGAUCACAUUAGGCGGCUUAACUUCAAUGGCACCCAUACGGAAGAGUGACUUUGCCAAAGUGGUAACCAGUGCCCUCUUGACAGGGGCCUGUGUAUCCCUGGUCAAUGCUUGUGUGGCAGGAAUCCUCUAUGUUCCUAGGGGGGCUGAGGCCAACUGUGUCUCUUUUCUGAACACGACAAGUUUUAACAGUACUACCUAUGAGACCUACGUGUGUUGCAAAGAACUCUUCCAGAGCUUCACACUCAACAACAUGACAAGCCCAGAGUUCAGUACUAACACUCUUGCCAACUGCUGUGGACUCUACAACCAUUCCAUCUGUUUCUAAGGCAGUCCUAAUGUGGAACAAUAUUUGACUAUAACUCAGAAUCUAGAGCUAGAAUAGCUUUAGAUGUCUCCUAAUCCAGUGGGAUCCCUAAAACCACAUAUGAACUUAGAUGACCAUAAAUUAACAUUAACUUGUAUUAUAUUUUAAAUUGUUGUUAAGCAUUUCUCAAUUAUAUUUUAAUAAAGUUCAGGUUGUACUUGGGAAUUCCUGAGGGCCAGAGCCAUAAAUUUGAUACCCCUUAUCUGUUCCCUUCACCCUCUCAUUUUAUUAUUGAAACAAAAUGGUUUUAGAUUCCUUUUUAAUGCAGCUGAGGAAUGGCUGAACAAGUUGUGGUAUAUGAUUGUUUUGGAAUACUAUUGCUCCAUAAGAAAUGAAUAACAGGCUAAUUUUUUUAAGACUUGGAAAGACCUACAUGAAAUUAUAAAAAAUGAUAUGAGUAGAAUCAAGAGAACAUUAUAUACAGCAACAAGAAUAUUGUUUCAAGAAUAUCUUGUAAAUAUCCACCUUGAGAGAAAGAACUGAUAUAUAGAAACGUGAAAGAUUUAUAGAUACAUGUAUAUACAUAUAUAUAAAUAUACAUAUAUAUACAUAAUUUAUAUGUGCAUUUUGUCUUUGUUGCAGAGGAGAUGUUGCUGGGAGGGUGAUAAGAUACCAGGGAAUUUUAAUGUAACUAGCAAAUAAUUAAAAAAAAUCUUUUUUAAUGACCAAACUGAUUUAAUACACAGCAUUAAAUUAAAUUAAAUACAAACUGAUUUCGUACCAUAUCAGGAUUUUCAUUUUGGUUCACAUUUCUAUGGUGAAAGUGAAUACCCAUCUGAAACCAGACAGAUAUUUUCCCUUCUGUGUGUAAUGCCUGGCUUAAGAAUGUCCUUAGUUUUUUUUGUUUUUUUUUAAAAUUAAAACCCUUACCUUCCAUCUUGGAAUCCACACUAUGUAUUGGUUUCAAGACAAAAGAGUGGGAAGCUGUAGGCAAUGGGGGUUAAGUGACUUGCCCAAGGUCACACAGUUAGGACCUCCCAUCUCUGGAUCUGGCUUAACAAAAUCUUUUUAGGAAUAUCUCCACCAGUACCCAUAACUUUCUUUCUUUCUUUUUUUUUUUUAAACCCUUACCUUCUAUCUUAGAGUUAAUACUGUGUAUUGGCUCCAAGGCAGAAGAGUGGUAAGUGCUAGGCAAUGGGGGUCAAGUGACUUGCCCAAGGUCACACAACUGGGAAGGGUCUAAGGCCAGAUUUGAACCUAGGACCUCCCAUCUCUAGGCCUAGCUCUCAAUACACUGAGCUAUCCAGUUGUCCCCCCAUAACUUUCUUUUCAUGUGGAAGCAUUAAUCCUUCUUUGGAUCCAUGAAAUUGUCAUAGUAUCUUUCCCUUCCCUUUUUGGCAGCUAAAUGGUGCAGUUGAUAAAGUAUCAGACCUGGAUUCUAGAAUUCAUCUUUUUAAAUUCAAAUUUAAGUGCCAAAGGACUUACUGUUUAACCUUGGGGAAAUCACUUACUCUUAUUUGCUUCAGUGUCCUCAUCUGUAAAAUAAGCUGGAGAAGGAAAUGGUGAACCACUUCAGUAUCUUUGCCAAGAAAACUCCAAAUGGGGCUAUAAAGAAUUGGACUUGACUGAAAGCUAAAUAACAAGUACAGCAUCUCUCCUCUGCUACCUCUCUUCUGUCUUCCUAUUUUUUGUGCUUCUGGUCAUACUUCCAUCAAUCCUCCACUCGAUGUGCUAGACUUCUAGGUCUUUUAAUAUUUUGGGGACUGGGAAAUUGCCAGAGUUUUUCAUGAUCUCAAGUGAGGACCAGUCUGUUUUAACAUCAUUAUUCUUCUGGUGAUAUCCAAUGGCUGUGAGUCAUAGAAUAUACCAAUAUUUGAAGAACAAAAGUACUGAAGAGGCACGGAGUGGGUGAAAAAGAA